AUGACCUCUGCGUUGAGAAACCCCAAAAUAGUCAAUUACAGAAACGUCGUCGGACUUUCAAAAGACUGCGACGCCUUUGAGGCAACAUACCCGAUCUUGUUCAUAUCACUCGACUCUUCGGACAAUAAGGGAUUCACUCGCGGCGCUGUUCAUAUAGUCAAGCAAUUGGUGCCAGAGUUCAAGAAUUUGGAGAACGACCAAUUCGCCUUCCAGUUUUUCACGGAGGGUAUCACCAACAAAUUAGUCUGCAUCACUGCCAUUCCAACUGGUUUUAAAGUCGUUUUGAGAACGUAUGGUAACUACACUGAAUACUUGGUAGACAGAAGACAAGAGGCUGCCAUCAUGAACGCUUAUGGACAGAAAGUCUACGGUGGGUUCUUGAAUGGAAUUGUAUAUGCAUUCACUCCAGGAAGAACAAUGGACUACGUCGAAUUCAGAAAGCCUGAAAUCACAAAGAAGAUGGCGGAGUGUGUUGCUAACAUGCACCACUUAAGUCCAAAAUUGACUAAAGAGCCUAUUCUCUUUAAAGAAAUGAGAGCUUGGCUCCACAAUUUGCCAACUACUUAUUUGGACCCAGAGAAACAAAAGAAGUUUACUGGAAUCAAGUACGAUGAUUUACUCAAGGAGAUUGAAUAUACUGAGAAGAAACUCACUGCAUUGAACUCACCUCUUGUGUGUGGACACAACGACUUGUAUCUUAAAAAUUUCAUCAUCAAUGACGAAGACCAAACUAUCAAGUUGAUCGACUUUGAAUACGCGUCAUGGAAUUUCCAAGCGUUCGAUUUGGCGAAUCACAUCACUGAGUGGUGCGGUGUCAUCAUGGACUUCUCAAAAUACCCCAAUCGCCAGGAACAAGACUUUUUCUUGAGAACUUACUUGGAGACAUACAACGGAAAGGCCCCAACUGAUGAGGAAGUUGAUAAAUUGUAUGAUGUUGUGAACCAAUUCCAACUCGCGACAAAUCUCUUGUGGGCAAUUUGGGGAUUUGUCGAUGCUGCACUUUCGACGAUAGAGUGGGAUUAUAUGGACUACGCGUGGCUCAGACUUAACAAGUACUACGAAUUGAAGAAGAAGCUUUAA